AUGAACAUUUACAAUUAUCUCUUUAAGUUUAUUAUCGUUGGUGACACUAGUAAUUUAUUGUUUAAUAUGAAGAUGUUGGGAAAAGUUGUUUACUAUUACAGUUUACUGAUUCUAGAUUCAGAAAUGAACAUGAUGCAACUAUUGGAGUUGAAUUUGGAUCAAGAAAUCUCAAAAUUAAUGAUAAGCAAAUUAAAUUACAAAUUUGGGAUACAGUAUAAUAAUCUUAAUAUAAAUUAAUAGGCUGGUUAAGAAUCAUUCAAAUCAAUUACGCGAUCUUAUUAUAGAGGGUAUGAAUUUUUAUGAUUAUUAUUUUAGAUCAAUUGGUGGAAUUCUUGUAUUUGAUGUAACAAAUAGACAAUCCUUUGAAAAUGUGUAAAAAUGGUACAAUGAAAUAUAAGGAUAUGCUUGUGAUAAAAUUGAAAUGGUUAUUGUUGGAAAUAAAAUUGAUUUAGAAGAAAGGUAAGAUGUUUUAGUAAUUUUAUUUAGGAGAGAAGUAAGUUCUGAGGAAGCAAAAAAAUUUGCAUAGAAAUUUAAGUUUGAUUAUUUUGAAACUUCAGCAAAAACAGGAGAAAAUGUUGACAAUGUAUUUGAGUCUAUGGCAAAUAAAGUUUUAGCAAAAAUUUAAAGUGGAGAAAUAGAUCCAACUUAAGAAGUAACUAUCUAUAUAAAUAUUAAGAUUUAUGGAAUUAAAAUAGGAUCUAUAGGAAUUUAGAGCAAAUCUUCUAAUAAUGUUCCAAAUAAUUAACCAGCCAAACCACAAACCAUAACAACUGAUUAAAAUCAAAAAAACUCAUAAAAGAAUGAUUCCUGUUGUUGAAAUUUAUAUUAUUUUUAUUAAAUUGUAUCAUCAGUGGC